AUGCGCCACAACAAGGCCGAAAGUUUCAUCAAAAACAUCACAGAAAAUCGCAUUCGAAGUCAGGUGAAAUUCCCUCAAGACGAGGAUUUGUCCGGAGCUGCCACCGCUAUUCUUCGACUUCAAGAUGUCUACCGACUUGACACCACCGACCUUUCAAACGGCAUAAUCCUUGGCGAUAAAGUUGCUCACAGGCUCACAGCUCAUGAUGCAUUCGAGGUUGGACGAGCUGCAUACAACCAACGAGACUACUACCAUACUUUGACCUGGAUGCAGACAGCAAUGAAUCGGAAGCUUUCACUUGAACAUGAGAAUCCCAAAACAAUCGAGGAAGAGGAAGUUUUGGAAUAUCUUGCGUACUCCCUCUACCAACAAGGUAACGUCCGUCGGGCUCUCGCGUUAACGAAGAGACUGGCAGCAAUCGCUCCAAACCACCCAAGAGCCAAAGGAAACGUAAAAUGGUACGAGGAUAUGCUAGAAGGAAAGGAUAUGGAGGGCGAGCUGCCACCAAUCGUCAAUAAGCGAGUGGAGAACGAUGGAAUCGUUGAACGUGAUGCGUAUGAAGCGCUGUGUCGUGGUGAAGCUCCACCUACACCACCGGAGGAGGAGAAGAAGCUAUACUGCUACUACAAGAUGGAUAGGCCAUACCUCCGGCUUGCUCCAAUUAAAGUGGAGAUUCUCCGGCUCGAACCUCUCGCGGUGCUUUUCAAAGAGGUUAUGUCCGAGUACGAAGCCGAAGUAAUCAAGGCAACGGCCACGCCGAAGGUUAGUUUAUCGUUAUGCACACAUUCUGUGAUUAAUGGAACUCUUGUAGACGGAAUAGGAGCUUGA